GACUGCUUGAGCAUUGGACGUCCACUGCGCUGGCCGCUGCUGCGACUUGGGCUGGUCCCAGCGACACCGAGCUGCGAGUGGAACGCGCGGCGCAGAGGAUGUAUCGCCAGCAUGGCGGCGGUGCGGAAGCUGAACAGCAAUAUCAACUUGGUGACAAUACAGGCAUGACGCCCUUUGGCCAGACACAAUUCGGCUCUACGAUAUAUGAUCACCAGAACUUGCACCCGACGACGGGGAAUCAUGCCAGAAGCUCGCCCAACGGUUUCGCGGGAUCGACACAGGCUUCCAGCAUGCACAGCGCAUCACCAGGACGCGACAGCGUGUUCGGCUUCAAACCAAUGGACCGGUCUUUGCCGUCCACAGACGUAACAGCAGAGAACCUGACACAGACCUUCGUAGACUUCAUACUCUAUUGCAAUCCGAAUUUCCCAACAGAUGUGGACACGACCGCUCUCAGGUCCGGCUUUGAAGGUCCACCGAAGAGCGACGGGAAAGACUUCAACACUUGGGAUCUGUUUGUGCUCAUUCGAAAGCUCGAGCAUAAGGAGAUCAAAACAUGGAACCAACUUGCACUGGACCUCGGUGUAGAAGCACCGGACACUUCAAAAGGCCAAUCUGUGCAAAAGGUCCAGCAGUACACCGUGCGUCUGAAGCGAUGGAUGAGGGCCAUGCAUAUUGAUGCAUUUUUCGAAUACCUAUUCGGAAAGCAACACCCGUACUUCACAGACCUACCUCCGCCGAAUGACCCAUACCCUGCCAGUGGCAGGGACGGUGUCGUUGCGGAGGAGGACUUGGCCGUCAGAGCACUCGAUCCAUCAUUCAGACCCAAACGAGGACGACGCAGGAACUCCGAGACUGGCGCCAGUGAUACUGCUGCGGCAGACUCCAGCAACAAGCAGCAAUCCGACCCUUACUCUGCGGUUCCCUUCAGCGCUCACCCAGGUGGCCAACAAGAUCCAUGGGCCAUAGCCUCUGCAGUGACGCCGCAGACCUUUGCGCCGUGGUCAGCAAAGCCUUCUGCCCCCCAUGCAGCAUCAUCGAGUCUACGAUGGCAGCUGGGACACUCGCAGACGCCGAGCACGCCGCACCCGUUCAGCGCCGUACCAACAUCAAUGUCUGCACAUAUCGAUGCUGCAUUUGAACAGGAACCGCGAUCAGCAGUAACACCUUCAGCUCGCAAGCGAAGGAAGCACGGGCCUGCGGUGUCUAGUGCCUGGCCGUCGUCAAACGCGCCUGGAGCGAAACCACGAGGUCGUCCUCCAGCCAGUCGCAAUGUGCAGGAUGGGCCAUUUGGAACCUUUCCUGUAGACCCCAACAACACGAGAGGAAUAAGCCAACCUCAAGGAUCACCUCCUGAUCCAAGCACGAGACAACCGACCUCACAACCUCAAUCGCCACAAGCAUCGUCCUAUGAAUUUGUUCCACAUCCUGGAAGUAGACCAGGACGGCUGUCUCUGCAAGUGCCGCCACAUACAGGUGCUCCAGUCCGUCUAGCUACACCGCCUGCUUUGCAAGUGAACGGUGAAGCAAAAGAGCUGGAGACCAGAAGCGACUCGGACGACCCGCAUCGUGCGUUCCUGGCUCAGGCAUCUGCUGAUAUGCAGCUCGCGACAGAAAGAUCUGCACGAACACCACUUAUCGCAGACAGACCUGUUCCAGGCUUCUCAUUUGAGGCACUGAAGCGCGUCUUGACUAGUGACCUCCUUCGUGCCGAAAUACAUGGCAGACGACAACGCUUCAGCGGUGAUGAGGCCAAGCGCCUUGCGGACUCCAUGCUAGAUCGAAUCAAUGUGCCCAGGACAGAAGCUAACCCACGAGACGAUAUCGCCAGACUGAGCGCUGCCACAUGGCUGGGUGUGGGUGACCAAGCGAAUGUCCCAUUAAAUACUGCUGCCGGGCAUGGGAAACGUGUUACAGUGACCCGCUUUCGCACAGACCACGAAGGGUACGAAGAGAUAGUAACCGACGAGGGCGCUAUGGAAGGAAUACGAGAAGUCUUCGAUCUACAGUGGCAUGCAAGUAUGGGAGGCUGUGUAGGUGCCUUCGAAAUGAAAGGGCUUUCUCUUGCGGGACGAGCGGCUGCUAUGGACGGCCCCACCGAAACGGUACAUGAUAUGAUGAUGCGAAAGAGUAUCGAGGCUAUACAUAAGUUGGAUAAGAACGGCUGGGUCGACGAAAGUAUGGCUGACAUUGCUCGAUCAGCAGCGAGAGCGCGGCAGGUCGGCGAAGAAAACAUCGACUGGAAAGCACGGUGCAAAGCUCUCGAGUUCGCUGCGAAUGUGGCAAAAGGGGAAGUGGAAAGGACGAAGAAGAGGAUGUUUGAGAAGAUUAUGGAUGCUGUGCUGUAAUAUAUACUCAUGUAGUCGCGGAUCUGAGAAAUGUACACACUUGUACCUGGUCCGAUGUCAAGAGAUGAAAGAGACUUCUCUGCUGCUAUCAGUGAGGCGUCAGCUACAGAAACUGCCAUAGCCAAAGCGGGCAGUGACUAGACCCCGAGAAUGGCAAAGACAUGCCACCAUUCCCAGAAGUAAGCCACUUGGAUAACACAAACGCAACCCAGGAGUCCGACCUUCUCCGGCCAUUCAUCUAUCCAAAACAACCAGC